UUUUUUUAAAUUACUACACCAUCGUAUUUCGUUGAAGCAAUAGAGCUUUCUGAAAGAAAAUGUGACUUAGUUUUUACUUUGUAGAGUAUUUUGCAACUAAUGUUGCUGUAUAUUCUUUAGGUGGUCAGGUGGUUUUACCUUAUACCUCCAACAAGUACUCCAAAGAAGAAAAGAUUCUGAAGAAUCAGUCAAGUUUUCUGUCUGGUCCAAGUAACACCCCUGUCUUAACCACUAGCAGGAGAAAUGAAGCAUAUUAUCAAUCUAUAUGAAAACAUCAAUGACACAACAAGAAAUAAUUCAGACUGCCCUCAUGUGGUUUUGCCAGAAGAGAUAUUUUUCACAAUAUCCAUCAUCGGAGUUUUGGAAAAUCUGAUGGUCCUUCUGGCUGUGAUGAAGAAUAAGAAUCUCCAGUCACCCAUGUACUUUUUCAUUUGCAGCUUGGCCAUUUCUGAUAUGUUGGGCAGCCUAUAUAAGAUCCUGGAAAAUAUCCUGAUCAUGUUCAGAAACAUGGGUUAUCUCAAGCCUCGUGGUAAUUUUGAAACCACAGCAGAUGACAUCAUCGACUCCCUGUUCAUCCUCUCCCUCCUUGGCUCCAUUUUCAGCCUGUCUGUGAUAGCUGUUGACCGCUACCUCACAAUCUUCCAUGCUCUACAGUACCACAGCAUUGUGACCAUGCGCCGUGCCAUUGUCGUCCUGAUGGUCAUCUGGGCGAGCUGCACAGGCAGCGCCGUUACCAUGGUGAUCUUCUCCCAUCACAUCCCCACAGUGAUCACCUUCACAUCGCUAUUUCCUCUGAUGUUGGUCUUUAUCCUGUGCCUCUAUGUGCACAUGUUUUUGCUUGCUCGGUCCCACGCCAGGAAGAUCUUGACCCUUCCCAGAGCCAACAUGAAAGGGGCCAUCACACUGACCAUCCUACUUGGGGUCUUCAUCUUCUGUUGGGCCCCCUUUGUCCUUCACAUCCUGUUAAUGACGUUUUGCCCAAAUAACCCUUACUGUGCCUGCUACAUGUCCCUCUUCCAGGUGAAUGGCAUGUUGAUCAUGUGCAAUGCAGUCAUUGACCCCUUUAUAUAUGCCUUCCGGAGCCAAGAACUCAGGGAUGCAUUUAAAAAGAUGAUCCUCUGUAGCAAGUACUGGUAGGAUUAUUAGUCCCUGAUUUUAGAAGCCAUGGAGAUAAUAUUGUCAAGGGACAGAAUAUCAUGACAUACCAACAAAUGCUAAUGCUUUCCAACUGUCCUUUCCUUCCCUAAUGUGCAUGAGGAUAAUCCCACAGACUAGUGUUUGUAAUAGCUUAACCCUAUGUGAAGUCUUGUAAGUACAACUUUUAUAACUAAGGAGAUAAAAUAAUAUAUUAAAAAGAGGUACAGAAUACAAAGCACAGACAGUAGUACAAAUUUGAGAGCUUUGCACUAAGGCAAAAACUUGUUCUUCUAUAGCUAUCUAUCAAGUCUGUUUCUGGGUGGCCUUUCUGGCCUGGAGACCAUUGUAAUCAAUUUCUAGAAGUUAAAGUACAAGGACAAAUACUCAGGGCACAAGCUGCAAUAUCUUUGUAAGUCAAAGAUGCCAAUAAAUUACUGCAGUUGAAUUUGCCUAUCAUGCACUACCACACAGAA